CACAGGGCUCAUUCCCCGCCACACGGCCUCCCCGAGACAUUAAGAUGUUCAUCCUGACGCCGAUCUCACUGUGCUUAGCCUCCAGUUCUCUUAGCUCCUACCUACACCAGUUACAUAUAACGUGUACAAUCUCUGUCGAUCCUCUUUUUACCUCGCGUCCUCUCUAACUCCCUAUCACUCAAUUGAAAAGUGCUGUGUAUGCUGCUCUACGUGGCGAACAGCUUGGUUGCCUGUCAUGGCACAAAAUAGUGAUAUCUACUCUUCCCCGCACGGGAAGACACCAAGCGAUAUCAAACAUAUCGAAACAUCCGACACUCCUGGUUCUCGAAAUGACACAGAGAAGGAGGACUCUUGUCCCAUAAAUACUGCAUUGUCUGCUCAUCAUGACGAACCGCCGAUGACUUUCCGUCGCGUGAUGAGCCUGAUUGCCAUGGCUUUUCUCUGGACGGGUAGUCAGAUUCCAGUUUACAUCUUCGGGGGUAUCCCUCCGAUUAUCUAUAGCGACAUUGGGGGUGCAGAUCGAUGGAUCUGGUUCGUUAUAGCCAAUCUACUCGCCUUGGCGGCUGUGUGUCCUUUUGUUGGCUCUCUUUCGGACUUGAUUGGUCGUCGAUAUGUAGCACUUUCUGGCUCAACGUUUAUUUGUCUCGGGAUGAUUGUUGCGAGCACAGCACAUACCAUGAAUAUCUUUAUCAGCGGAAUGGCAAUUGCGGGUGCAGGUGCUGGCGUCAGUGAACUAACUGCUCUUGCUGUAGCUUCAGAGCUCGCACCGACACGAAAGCGCGGCAAAUACGUCGCUGUUCUUAUUUUCACUAUUUUUCCGUUCACUCCCUCUGUUCUAUGGGGACAGCUAAUUUCCGCCUAUGCAGGAUGGCGAUACUGUGGUGCACUCUGCGGAGCGUGGGCUGGCGUAGGAUUGAUUAUGACGGCGCUCUUUUAUUUCCCACCCCCGAGGCCUAAUACCCGUGGCUUCAAUAGAAAGCAAGUCCUUGCUCAAAUUGACUAUGUUGGGGGAAUACUCAGCAUCUCAGGCCUUGUUCUUUUCAUGGCCGGGCUUCAAUGGGGAGGCUAUCAGUACAAAUGGACGUCCGCCCAUGUCCUCAUACCGUUGCUUCUGGGCGUAGUACUCAUAGCCACCUUCUGCGUCUGGGAAGUAUACGGUGCUCAGUACCCCAUGUUUCCUUCUCGGCUCAAACAGGAACCGCGGGUGCUCGCAUUGACCCUUGUCAUCACAUUCAUCUCAGGUGCCAAUUUCUUUUCGGUCAUUAUGUUCUGGCCUACGCAAGCGUUCAACGUGUAUGGCCAUGACCCUGUUGGUGUUGGCAUCCGAGGUCUCCCAAUCGGAGUUUCAAUUCUCACAGGUGCCUGUGUGGUUCUAUGGAUGCUCUCUGUCCUCCGUGGCCGCAAUCGGGAAUUAAUGAUUGCUAGUAGCAUUGUAAUGACGGCCGGUUGCGGCUCAAUGGCAUGCGCCACUGUCGAUAAUCUCCAUACAAUGUGGGGUCUCCUGGUUCUUGCUGGACUGGGAAUUGGUGGGAUUGUGGUUCCAGCCUCGAUUAUUUCCACCAUUAUUUGUCCCGAUGAUCUUAUCGGAUCUGUCGCUGCACUUACCCUAGCUAUUCGAGUGGUUGGUGGCACAGUCGGGUAUGCGACAUACUAUAACGUAUUUAUUGGGAAGUUUAUUCCUAAUGCGACUAAAUACAUCGGUGGUACUAUGGAGCUGGAGCUGCACAUUACUAAUAUCACCUAUAUUGAGGAGGCUAUCAAGUUGACAGGUUCCAGCUUGUUGGAAGGACUCAAGGGGAUCCCAGGAAUUGCGGGGAACGAGACCGCCUAUGAUAUAGUGGUAAAAGCAGGCCAAGUUGCCUAUGCAGAAAGCUAUAAAUACGUCUAUCUCGCAAGCAUUGCGUUCGGAGGUGUGAGUAUUCUGGCUGCGUGCUUCCUCGGAGAUAUUGAGAAGUAUAUAGAUGAUCAUGUGGCUGUUGUUAUGCACUGAUAUGGGUUUAUGGUGGUAGGCGGCUGUUAUAGGUUUUUUCCACCAGGGCCAGGUGGGGCUUAAUCUACUUAUAAUCAGUACAUGAAAUAUGGUAUAUACAGAUUGGCGUGAUCAAUAUCCUGCAAGAGUUUACAUACUGUCUUUCUGUCGUGCCAACAGUGUGUGUCGAUCUCACUGGAGAUGCCUCGGAGGCGAUCAAGGACUUGCCUCAACGCUUGCCCCUACUCUUGAGAGUACACUAACCUGUUCUUAUUAAUCAGUAGUAGUGCCUCGUCUAGGCCCAGACUUCUAAAAAACUGCUUGGAAGAUUCUCGCACUGCGGGCGGUAGAAUCAUGUGACUAGGGCAACGCUAGCGGGGCUUAGCCCUCAUUUUCCUAAGGCCGAGAUCCAUGAUUUCCCCAAUGCUUG